CAAACCAAAACAAAAUACGGAACAAAAAACCAAACAAACAAAAUAUCAAAACAAGAGAAAGAGAACUCCCAACCAGCAGAGUUGUUCCAUCCUUCACUUGUAACAUCGGCACUCACGCAAGACCUGGGGCUGCAAGAAAUGAGGAUUAAUUGGGCACAUUUGCAGGAAAAGCAGGUUUAGGACAGGCUCUCAGCAGAACUGUUCUCAGCUGAGCCAAAAAGGCCCCUUUGGCAGCUGCAGGGCCAUUGGCAAUGCAGAGCCUCAGGCCAGAGGGAAGAAAAGGGCUCUGAGUUCCCCUUCUCUGACACUGAACCCUGUUCCCAGGCUGCUUCACACACAGGAUUCUUCUGGAGGACAGCGCACAGCUGAGAGUGGGCUCUGGCUGCUCCAUGUCGCGUGUCCUAAAGCUGCCUGGGAGAAGAAAUUUGGGGUCAGCUCUGCUGGCAAAAUCCCUCCUGGCACAGGGCACAGCGCCGGGAAGGGCUUUGCGUGCCGAGGCUUUGCUGCAGCCAAGGAAAGCUCCUGGCUCAGGGUCACCUUUGCUGCUCAGCCAGAGCCCCGAGUGCCCCAGCAGCAGCAGCAGCAGCAGCAGCAGCAGGAGGGAAUGGCAGCAUUGCCUCGGGCUGGCCCAGGAGGGGAAGAUUUCCCCAGGAGAGAGGCUCAUCUUCCAGUUUUGGCAUUCAGUCCGCUGCAGAUGCCUCAGUUCUGGCUGCCCAGCAGCUGGACAUGCAAGCCCAGGAGCUCUGUUCCUGGCCAGCCCCAGCAGGUGACAGCAAGGACAGGGCCCUGGCAGCUCCAGGACAUUUGCAGGGAGCGGCUUCAGAAGCGCUGGGGGCUGGGACUGGGUGCAGAAAACGCCCUGGGGGCCUGUGCAGCGAGGCAAAAGGAACAAAGUUUCAGUUGUGGCCUGGCUAGGGAGCACCAAAAUGGAUUCCUUUCCAUUGCCGGGUGUUCCCUGAGCCCCAGAGGAGAGCCUAGGGGGACAAGGAAAGGAGAGCGGGGCUGUGCAGGAGCGGGAGCAGCGAGAGAGCCCCGGCUGCAGGACUUCUUAUUCCCAAAGCUUGGCUGGAUGGAGAGGGAGGCUACAAGAAAGAGGAAGAUUCCCCGGGUCACCCAGGCAGACAAGGAGCUGAGGAUGGAGAGCAGGGAGGACAAAUCCCCACGGCAGAACCUCAUGGAAGAGACCAUUUUGAGCAACUCCAGGGCACAGGAAUCCAACGGGGAGGAAAAGCCCUGGAGAUCCCACAGGAGGAGGGGCUGCAAACCCAGCCCAGGGUGCUCCGAGGAGAAAAGACCCACCCUGUGCCAGGAAGGUGGACAGAGCUCCAGCCAGAGCUCAGAGCUGGAAGUCCAUGAGCAGGUUCACCAUGGGGAGAAGCCCUACAAGUGCUUGGAGUGUGGGAAGAGCUUCAGGCGGAGCAACAACCUGAUCUGCCACCAGAUGAUCCACACCGGGGAAUGGCCCUACGAGUGUGGGGAGUGUGGGAAGGGCUUCAGCUGCAGCUCCAAACUUGUCAUCCACCAGCGCAUCCACACUGGGGAGAGGCCCUACGAGUGUGCCCAGUGUGGGAAGAGGUUUCACACCAGCUCCAAUCUCCACCUGCACGAGCGGAUCCACACUGAGGAGAGGCCCUUCCGCUGCCCUGACUGCGGGAAGGGUUUCAACCGCAACUUCAGCCUCGCCACCCACCGGCGCAUCCACACUGGGGAGAGGCCCUACAAGUGUCCCCAGUGUGGGAAGAGCUUUACCCGGAGCUCUGCCUUGACCAAACACCAACGGAGGCACCAGUGAGGGAAGCCCUGCGAGUGCCCCAACUGCCGGAGGAGCUUUGUGCACCGCUCCAGCUUCAUCCCCCAUUGAAGAACCCACAUUGGGAAGAGCCCUGGUGAUCCCUGUUCCCUGUGAUCCAUGCUGGGAAGACACCUGUACCUUCUCCUGCCCCUGCCAAUGACCUGAUGUGGGAUUGAAGAACAUGAGGGUCUGGCCAUGGCCCUGUCAUUACAUUCACAACUAUCUCAGGUCAUUGCCAGGGACAGGAAAGGGACCCUCUCUCUCUCUCCCUGAGUAGAAGGGUGUCCUUUCCUGGCAGGAGGAAAUACAUGUCCGGGAAGGGACAGUCACUGAUGUUGAAAUUUUCCCUGUAAAUAGUUUUUCUUAUCCCUUCUGUUGUCAGUAUUGUUUCUGUUCCUGUUUGUUCUUUAUCUCGUUGCUGUUCCCAGUAAAUUGUUCUUAUCCCA